AUGAUUGGAGAAGACAAUUAUUUUCUUUUUAUUUAUUAUUGUGAUGUGACAAUUUUUUCCAUCUAUCUCAUUCAAUUUUUUCCAUCUAUCUAUCUUAUUCUGUCCAUCAAUCUAUCUAUCUAUCUAAUUCUAGACUCUUUUCUGGCUCCUACUUUUAUUCUAGACGUUUAUUUUCCUGUAAUCGCAUUCACGCUGGUUUUCUUACUGUCCUCUUCCUUUCACUAUCUUUCCUUCUCUCCCCCACAUAAACGAAAUCUCUCUCUCUCUCUCUCUCUCUCUCUCUCUCUCUCUCUCUCUCUCUUCAAUCAGAUCUUCCUUCCUUUCUCUUCUCCAGCAUCUUAUUUAGUAGUAUCUCCCUUCCCCCUUUUUAACUGUUUCGUCUCUUCGUCUUUUACUUCUCUCUUGCCUGUUAUUUCUCUCUUUUCUCUUUCUUUCAUUCAUUCUCUGCUUCAUUAUCAUUUCCUUUACACUCUUUCUAUUAACACUUAUCUGCUACUUCACCCCUUUUCUCCUCCUCUGCUUCAUCGUCUUUUCUUUUUUUCACUUUCUUUCUUGGCUCUUAUUUCAUCUGCCAUUUUCUCUCUCUCUCAUUCUCGGCAUCAUAGUCUUUUUCUUUUCUCUCUUUCGCUUUCUCGCCUUUAA